UAUUUAAAAAAAAAAAAAAAAAAAAGCUAUGAAAAGCUUUAUAAAACCUUCUGUGAGCGGAUCCUGUUUCCAGCCUCCCCUCUGGAGCCGCAGGUGAUCCGAAGCUGUCGCCACCAUGCCGGCUGACUACAAUGGGACCUGGGAGAUGGAGACCAACGAGAACUUUGAAGGCUACAUGGUUGCUUUAGGUAUUGAUUUUGCAACUCGUAAGAUUGCAAAACACUUGAAACAAACAAAGGAGAUUACUCAAAAUGGAGAUAAUUUUAAAACAAAAACACUCAGCACUUUCAGAAACUAUGAUGUGGAUUACACAGUGGGGGUGGAGUUUGAAGAACACACCAAAGGACUGGAUAACCGAGUGGUAAAGUCACUGGUGACUUGGGAUGGUGACAAACUGGUCUGUGUUCAGAAAGGUGAAAAGAACAACAGGGGCUGGAAGCACUGGAUUGAAGGAGACAUUCUGCAUCUGGAACUGACAUGUGAAGACCAGGUGUGCCAUCAGACGUUCAGGAAGAAGAAAUAAAAGUGAGCAGAAAGCUGCCCUGAUCUUCAUCACAUUGUUCUGCUGUUAUGUUUUGUCUAAAAGAAAGAUAAAACCAGAUUUUCACUUCUUUAACACUUCUAUGUGAAUAUAUUUUGUUCCUGUUUAUGGAAACAAACACAUUUUAUAGAAAUAACAUCAAACAGUUACAAACCUCAUAAAUUUCUUUGCC